UACUCCAUGUCAGAUUCCAACAAAACCGAUUUCACCAACCCCUCCACCUUCAUCCUGCUUGGCAUUCCUGGCCUGGAGGCUGCCCAUAUUUGGAUCUCCAUCCCCUUCUGCAUCAUGUAUGCCAUAGCCGUCUUGGGGAACUUCACCAUCCUUUUCAUUGUGAAGAGGGAGCCAAGCCUCCAUGUGCCCAUGUACUAUUUCCUCUGCAUGCUGGCGAUCACUGACCUGGUUCUGUCUACAUCCUCUAUGCCCAAAAUGCUGAGCAUCUUCUGGUUCAAUUCCAGGGAGAUCGAUUUCAGUGCCUGCCUCACUCAGAUGUAUUUCAUUCACUGCAUCUCAGUGAUGGAGUCUGGGAUCUUGGUGGCCAUGGCUUUGGAUCGCUACGUGGCCAUCUGCCAUCCCCUGAGACAUUCCACCAUCCUGACAAACCCUGUGGUGGCCAAGAUUGGUCUGGCCGUGGUGCUGCGCGGGAUCAUGCUAAUACUGCCCUAUCCCUUCUUGGUGAGGCGUUGGCCAUAUUGCAGAACUAACAUCAUCCCCCACACAUACUGUGAGCACAUGGCCGUGGUUCAACUGGCCUGUGCCGACAUCCGUAUCAGUAGUUACUAUGGCCUCUUUGUGAUAUUCUUGUUGACUGCUCUGGAUGUGUUUUCUAUUGCUGUGUCCUAUACCCAGAUCCUCAGGGCCAUCUUUAUCCUCCCCACAAAGGACGCCCAGCUCAAGACCUUUGGGACCUGCAGCUCCCACCUCUGUGUCAUCUUAGCCUCUUACAUCCCAGGUCUCUUCUCCUUCUUCACACACCGGUUUGGCCACAAUGUGCCCCUGCAUUUCCACGUUCUCAUGGCCAACGUGUACCUCCUGCUGCCCCCCAUGUUAAACCCCAUCAUCUAUGGGGUGAGGACCAAACUGAUCCGGGACAGGGUGCUAAGGCUCUUUACACAUCAAGGGACGUAA